CAGCUUGAGGUCGCUUCGUGAUCGUCGUGAUGUAUUGAUCAUAUCAGCAGUGGGCAGACACAAUGGAGGAGACCGAUCAAUCACCGAACAAGAGGCUGCGGCUGUACUCCCUCGCUUCAUACGUCAUCUGGCUCAUCACUGGCGGCAUCUACAUCUGGCACUACGGCAGAGUCAAGCGGGCGCCGCUGCCCCAUGCCGGCGUCAGAGCUCUCAAGGCACGCAUCGACCACUUCCUCAGCGGCCCUGGACUGCCCGCCCAGAUCUCUAUCUUCCCGGCUUGCGAUGAUGCAGUCACCAUGGCGCGUGGACUUGCCGAGGCGCUGAGAGAUCAUGUCAGCAAGAACGGCACACGGCGAGUGCCGCCGUUGGUGAUUGGUGACGUCGCUGCAGCUGUGUCGGGUGAAUGCAUGAGCCAUAAGGAGGCGCUGGAAGAUGCGAGUGGUCAUGACGAUGCGCUAUGGACACAGUCGGGGGCGGACUCUCUGGUGGCUAACUACUCGGUGCUGGUUCGCAUCGCAUCAGGGGAAGAGGAGCAGCUGCCGGCACUUUACCUGACGCCGGGGACAUCCUGCAUCGUCACUCUUCCUCAGGGAUUUAUCAACAGCCCGCAGUGGAAGGGCGUCACCGACACGCUUCUGGCAGCAUGGUUCACGACGGUUGGAGAGCCAUCUAUCCCCUUAUCUGCGUCCUACACGCUGGCCUUCUGGACGACGACCGACAGCCCGCAACGCAUACGGUGGCCGGGCAGCUUCCACGAGAGUGUGCUGCGGCCUUACCUUAGCCCCUUCCUCUCGCGGCUGUCCACAUGCUACUGGCUGGAGAUGCAGGCGCAGACCAUCUAUCACGCAUCGCUGGGAGAGCAGCCGAAGCCUCAAAGGGAGAAAGGCACGACAAGGGAGAGAGUGGUGGCCUUCAACGACCUCUCCCGGUUCCUGGCUGCGGCCAAUGACUGGACGACCGACGCCGUGCUGACGAGGGGCACACACAAGCCGCCCGUCAUCCUCAACCUGGCGUCGAUGAAGCCCUCGGGGGCCCCUGUGGUCGUCCUGACCCAGUCGGGCGAGCCGCACACGGCCUUCAGUGUGCCGGGCUGGGGCGUCAUGGCCAUCAUGAGCCACCCUGUCCCUGAUGACCAGCUGUCACGCAACGCAACAUGGCGCCGACAAGUGGCUCGCAGUGGAUAUGAGCUGACGGAUACCGAUGCGCGUGAGACGGCCGGCCUGUGGCUGAGCCACUUUCGGAAAUGGCUGGGGUUUCCGAAUGUGACUAACACGACCACCCCCAUCAACAUCGACCACCACUCGCCACCACUGGCCAAGGCGUCGAUGGCCGCCCCAUCCACUAACGGUAUAGCCACGUGGGAGCUGCUGGCUCUCGCCAACACCCUUUUGCAGCUCUUUUUGCGCGAAAUCAGCGAGAACCUGACGGCGGUCGAGUCGCUCAUUAGCAGCCUGCCCGACCUGACAGUCGAGCAGCGCAUCGCAGAAAGCAUCAAUCACAUCCUGCGGAUGGCCACAGACGCUCUGAAUGCCAUCGAGAGGGGCGAGAGGGACCUGGGUCGGCUGCUGGGGGGGAUUCGGAGCGGGUAUCAGGAUAGCGUGGAGACUCUCCAUGACGACUCUAUGAUGGCCGACCUCUACUUCAGCCCCGAGUUCAAAUUUGCGGUUUACUUGCCGAUGCUGGUGCCGAUUGCAGUGCCUGUGCUGCUGACGGCCGGCAAGGAGCUCAUGACGUGGCGGAGGGAGAGGGCAGAGAAGACGACCAAGGUGAAACCCGAAUGAACGUGCGAUGAUGGGUGGCUGCUGUUGCUCUCUGUGUGUCGGUGAGGUAGUGGUGUGUGUAGUACUGUGUACAUAUGUUGCUUGCCGUUUUCGACUCAUCCUAGC